GUCCAUAAAUAAUCUAGUAGACCCGAUUCAGAACCAGAUUACUAACCUUGUUAUUGUCAAAAAACAAUUGUGAUGGUCAAACUGUUUCUCCUAUAUAUAUAAACCCAGUUAUUGUUUUUGUCAUUCUGAGUUUCUACUCUUUCACAGUGGAAAAUUUGCCCCAAUAGCCAUAUCAGAUGUCAGGCUAUUCAAAUUGCUAUUUGCUUGCACUAGCAGUACUCUUAUUGCCAGUAGCAAUUGAUGCAAAUUCACAAAUUCAACCAAGAAAAGUGAAAACUGCUGUCUUUCGAUCACCAAAAUUUGUGCUGAAACCUGGAUCAGUUGCUAACAAAUAUUACUACAACAUUGAUUUCCCUAAAGGACAUGUUGCUAUAAAAGAUUUUCAAGCUGAAGUAGUUGAUAAGGCAGGGCACCCUGUACCAUUAUAUGAAACAUACCUUCACCAUUGGGUUGUUGUAAGAUAUUACCAACGAAAAAGCAACGAAUUGAACACCUCGGAUAUAAUCGUUGGGGGCAACUCAGGGAUAUGCGACGGGGUUCUUAAUCAGCAUUUUGGGCUCGGAUCUGAGACCCGAAAAACAGCCACAUAUGUUCCGGACCCUUAUGGAAUAGAAAUUGGUAAUCCGAAGGAUGUACCUGAAGGAUACGAAGAGAGAUGGGUGCUCAAUUUACAUGCCAUUGAUACACGAGGAGUUGAAGAUAGAUUGGGAUGCAACGAGUGCAAGUGUGAUCUUUAUAAUGUCACAAAGGAUGAGGAUGGUCAAGCUAUAGAGCCAGAUUAUAUCGGUGGCCUGAGAUGUUGUUACGAUAAAACAAGAUGCAGGGUGAAACACGGGUUCAAAGGAUCGAAGAAAGGCCUUUACCUGAAGUAUAAGGUGAAGUAUGUUGAGUGGGAUGCCUCCAUUGUGCCUGUUAAAAUUUAUAUAAUUGAUGUCACAGAUACAUGGAAAAAGCCAGAAAAUCCAACAGCAAAGGCAAAACAUCAGUGCCAGAUUGAAUAUUCAGUGGAGUCAUGUUCUGCUAAUGGUGCAAACUUUGGUUGUACUGAUACAAAAAAAGUAAGUGUACCAUUUCCUACUAGUGGAGAUGUCAUCUAUGGAGUUGCUCAUCAACAUACUGGAGGGGCUGGUUCAACCCUACAUGGAGAGGAUGGACGCGUCAUAUGCUCAUCUCACCCGAUCUAUGGCAAAGGAAAGGGACCAGGAAAUGAAGCCGGUUACGUCGUGGGGAUGUCUACAUGUUAUCCUAAACCUGGCUCGAUUAAGAUAAUGAAAGGGGAGACUGUAACUUUACUAACAAAUUAUAGUAGUUUUCGAAGGCAUACUGGAGUGAUGAGUUUGUUCUAUCUCUUGGUUGCUGAACCAUCACCAAAUUAAGAUCUACUUCUUGUUGCUGUUUUAUUUUAUCAAAGUAAGAAAAAAAGAGAGGAAGAAAGAAUUGUGAGAAAUCCUGAUCGAUUUUCCAUCAAUAUAAUGGGUGUUUAAUACUCCCUCUGUUUCAAUUUAUGUGAACCUUUUACUAUU